AUGAAGCUCCACAUCUGCCUACUGAGCGGGGCAAACACGGAGCUGGACCUGCCGAGUACCGACGUGAGCGUGGGGCAGUUGAGGCGCAAAGCUCAAGUGCAGCUGUGCUGCGGCAUUGAUCAGUUGAUCACCUCUGAUGGCCGAGUGCUGAAGGAGUCCAUGUCGGUGGAGGAUGCGUGCUUGAACGACGAUGAAACGCUGACGGCGAGCGUGAGACCCACACAGAUCGUUGCCAGCGUGCGGGGCCUGGCGAUGGCCUACCACCGCUGUGAUGGCUCCGUGGAGACGUGGGGCUUCCGAGACUCUGGGGGCGACAGCAGCAGGGUGGCUCCGGCGCUGUGCGAUGUGAGGAGCAUCACGCCCAACGCACGUGGCUUUGCAGCGGUGCUGUACAGUGGCCGAGUGGUGACCUGGGGCAUUGCACCCUGUGGUGGUGAUUCGUCUCACUUUCAAGAUGAGCUCUUUGAUGUGCAAGACAUUGCAAGCACUGCCUUGUCCUUUGCUGCAGUGCGAAGCGACGGAGUUCUGAUUCAAUGGGGCUCCAUGAAGCCUUUGCCCUUGAAACGCAUGGAUGGAGUUCAACAGGUGGUUGGAAGCGCGAUGGCCUAUGCGGCACUCUUGAAGGAUGGAGAAGUCUUGACAUGGGGUCAUGGCGAGUAUGGUGGCGACAGCCAUGAGGUUCAAGGCGAACUGGUGGAGGUGCAGCGGCUCUACGCCACCAAUGCUGCCUUUGCGGCGCUUCGGGCAGAUGCACGUUUGGUGACCUGGGGAGGAGGGGAGCUGCAGGAAACGCUUGCAGAGGUCGAGGAGGUGCCGAUUCGGCCGGGUCUUCAAAGUUUCGGGCUCACAAGGAAGGAUCAGACAAGGGAAGGCGACCCGGAUGGGGGAUGCCUUGGUUUCGUUCGCAUUAUGCCGCAUGCCAGUGCCUGA